AGCUCGCAGCACAGCAGCAGCACCAGAGCGACAGCUCCAGCAGCAGCUCUAGCAGCGACAGGUCCGACAUCUCUGAUAUCUCAGACAUCUCCGACAUCUCCAGCACCGGCAGCGAUGCUUUGCAGAAUGCACCUCGCACCCUUUGCCUCCAGCUCCCUGGCCAGCCAGCUGGGCACAAUGAGGACCCUCUGGCCGCAUGCAGAGACCAUCUUCGCCGAGCUGCAGCAGGAGGUGGAGAGGGCUCGGCAGUUCAUGAGCAGCUUCGAGCAGCUCCUGAGUAGCCAGGUAGCCACGGCCACAGAACGAACCCCGAGCGCCAGCGUAGUCUCGACCCAGGACUCCAGGGAGGGCUUCUCCAUCUGCCAGGACGUGAAGAACUUCGCUCCCGAGCAUCUGUCAGUGAAGGUGGUGGGCAGGAAGGUAGUGCUGGUGGGGCAGAAGGAGACGCAGAGCACGGACGAGAAGGGCUCCUUCUCUUACAAGUACGAGGCGCUGAAACGUGAAUGGGAUGUGCCCGAGGAGGUGGACGCCGAGGCCCUGACCUGCUCUCUGUCCAAGGAAGGGCAGCUCCGCAUCGAGGCCCCCAGGCUGGCAUUGCCAGCUGCCCCCGAGAGGAGUAUGCCUAUCCAGGUCAGCCCUGCAGCCCCCCACCCUGGAGCAGCCUCUGAGGACGGAGCCACCAGCAAAGCCCAGGUGUAACAGGAGGGAGGUGCUGCCCUGCAGCAGGACCAGAGC